AAAUAAUGGAGCAAUUUGAACAGCAAAAGGAGAGUUAGAAUACUGGAAGAGAGGGCAGAGCGAUAAAUAAGAGAAUAAAGAAAUCGAAGGCAAAGAAGUAGCAGGCCGAUGAGCAACCAGUUGAAGAUUGCAGCAUUUGUUAUGGUUAAAUCGUUGACAAAGUAAGUUUGACACUAAUUAAUGACAGGGUAUCAUUUAGACAUGUUAGCAUACGUAUUGUUUUAAAUGCAUUGAGAUCUGGGCCUAAUAGAAUCGAACUUGUCCAUAAUGUAGAGUUCAAUUUAGUCAGAUUUUGAGGGUGUGGAAAUAAGGUAAGAUGAAACGAUUUUAAUAAAAAAUGUAUGAUUAUCAUGCAACAGAAGUGAAUUCGGAUGAGGAUGAACUGAUAUCUCUGGAUUUUUUGUAUUAGCCAAUCAGAUUAAUGCCCUAUUUUACAAGGAUUUGGAGCCUUCCCUUUGUAAAUUUGAUCUUAAUAAGUUCUGAUUCAGAAUGA